CUGCUGCCGCGGGGCGCCGGCGGCCCCGCCGCCAACGGCCUCGCGCAGACAUUCUGGAAUGGCCUCAGUCAAAAUGUUCUCAGAGCAGCAGCAAGCAGACAUUAUGCCUCAGAAGCAAUCAAAGGUGCCGUUAUUGGAAUUGAUUUGGGUACAACCAACUCCUGCGUGGCAGUUAUGGAGGGAAAACAAGCUAAAGUGCUGGAGAACGCUGAAGGUGCCCGCACAACGCCGUCGGUUGUGGCAUUCACGGGUGAUGGUGAGCGCUUGGUGGGGAUGCCCGCCAAGCGGCAGGCGGUCACCAACCCCCACAACACCUUCUAYGCCACCAAGCGCCUCAUCGGGCGGCGCUUCGAUGACCCCGAAGUGAAGAAGGAUAUUAAGAACGUUCCCUUCAAAAUAGUCCGUGCCUCCAAUGGGGACGCCUGGGUGGAAGCUCAUGGGAAGCUCUAUUCUCCAAGCCAGAUCGGUGCCUUUGUGCUGAUGAAGAUGAAGGAGACAGCAGAAAACUACCUGGGACAUUCAGCGAAGAAUGCAGUGAUCACAGUUCCUGCUUACUUCAAUGAUUCCCAAAGACAGGCUACCAAGGACGCUGGGCAGAUUGCUGGCUUGAAUGUUCUGAGGGUGAUUAAUGAACCAACAGCAGCUGCCCUUGCCUAUGGUCUGGAUAAGUCUGAAGACAAAAUUAUUGCAGUCUAUGACUUGGGUGGUGGCACUUUUGAUAUUUCCRUUUUGGAAAUCCAGAAGGGAGUCUUUGAGGUGAAGUCCACCAAUGGUGACACUUUCCUAGGAGGAGAAGACUUCGACCAGGCCUUGCUGCAGCAUAUUGUCAAAGAGUUCAAGCGAGAGACUGGAGUUGACCUGACUAAAGACAACAUGGCCCUUCAAAGGGUGAGAGAAGCAUCAGAGAAAGCAAAGUGUGAGCUGUCUUCAUCUGUGCAAACUGACAUCAACCUGCCCUACCUCACCAUGGAUGCCUCUGGGCCCAAGCACCUGAACRUGAAGCUGAGCCGGGCCCAGUUCGAGGGCAUCGUGGCCGAGCUGAUCAAGCGCACGGUGGCGCCCUGCCAGAAGGCCAUGCAGGACGCCGAAGUGAGCAAGAGCGACAUUGGCGARGUCAUCCUGGUCGGCGGCAUGACCAGGAUGCCCAAGGUGCAACAGACUGUGCAGGAUUUGUUCGGCCGUGCGCCUAGCAAAGCAGUGAAUCCUGACGAGGCCGUGGCCAUUGGCGCCGCCAUUCAAGGCGGYGUCCUGGCUGGUGAUGUUACAGACGUGCUGCUGUUGGACGUGACCCCGCUCUCCCUGGGCAUUGAGACUCUGGGAGGUGUCUUCACGAAGCUCAUCAACAGGAAUACCACCAUUCCCACCAAGAAGAGCCAGGUGUUUUCUACAGCUGCAGAUGGCCAGACGCAAGUGGAGAUUAAAGUGUGCCAGGGGGAGAGAGAGAUGGCGAGUGACAACAAGCUCCUCGGCCAGUUCACGCUGGUUGGAAUCCCUCCAGCGCCACGCGGAGUGCCCCAAAUCGAGGUCACGUUUGACAUCGACGCCAACGGCAUCGUUCACGUCUCGGCCAAGGAUAAAGGCACCGGACGCGAGCAGCAGAUUGUCAUCCAGUCUUCUGGUGGCCUUAGCAAAGAUGAAAUUGAGAACAUGGUGAAGAACGCAGAGAAGUACGCGGAAGAGGACAGGCGGAGAAAGGAACGUGUGGAAGCUGUGAACAUGGCCGAAGGCAUCAUCCAUGACACAGAAUCGAAGAUGGAGGAAUUCAAGGAUCAGCUGCCAGCAGAUGAGUGCAACAAACUGAAGGAAGAAAUUGCUAAAAUGAGGGAACUUUUGGCUCGUAAGGAUACUGAAACCGGAGAAAAUAUCCGGCAGGCGGCAACCAGCCUGCAGCAGGCGUCCCUGAAGCUCUUUGAAAUGGCGUACAAGAAAAUGGCCUCAGAACGAGAGGGAUCUGGAAGUCCAGGAGAUCAGAAGGAAGAGAAGCAAUAAGGAGUCUCUGUCUUGCCUAGACUGGAGUAUGAAGAGGAUGUUCUUGACGCUUGGGAGAGAAGGGGCCUUCCUGAGCAGAAAUGGGCAGAAUUCAGACUUACUGUGUUUUUGCAGUACUCUAUAUAUAUAAAAAAAAAUCUUUAAUGUACAAACCUAGUGAUGUGUCUGCUAGAUAAAUUGUCUCUUGAUGGAAGUUAAUUCAUGCCAGACAAAGUUCUAAGUCUUGGGCCCUGUGGUAUUCCACUGAGCUUCCUGGGGCCUCGCUGAUCACUUCUUUCUGAUAGUACACCAUUGUGUCAUCUAAAUUCAACGUCGGCSUUUGGAAACCAUGUUAUUGAAUCUAAGGAUGGAGACAGAAGUGCUGGGGAGGAGCGAUGCCCCUGGAGAACCGAGUACCUGGGAGAGGGGGAUCAGGCCCCGUGCUCAGCAGUGACACGGCCGGCACUGUUCCUGGAGAACAGAGAGGGCUGCAGCUACCCUCAUACCUCUGCUCUGAGGGACAGGGACAGCUUCAGAUUUAGCUGUGCCAUUAUUUCUUACAAAAGAGACUGGGUGGAAGUGACAUACUUUGCUUGUCUGAGCCUUCUGCUCCAUCCUGUGUC